AUGACAGUGAGAAUGAGUCAAAGUCGAAAUCUGAACAGAAAAGUACCAAUAACACCAAGAAAUCAUCCAGAUCAAGUUCCCGAUCUUAUUCAAGUUCUUCUUCAAGCUCAAGGUCGUCUAGUCCCAGGAGGAGGAGGAGUUACUCUAGGUCAAGGUCAAGGUCGAAAUCAAGAGACAGACAUCACAAGCGGAGACGAAGUUCAUCUUAUUCACGGUCACGAUCAAGAUCCCCAAAGAGAAGGCAGUCAGACUCCAAUAGGUCCAGCACUUUAUGCCAGGCAGGAGACCAAUUGUGGUACGAUGGCAGUUUCUGUCGUCAGAUUGCUUAUGCUUAUCAAUGAGGCAUUGAUCACAUCUUGUGAGGAUAAGAUAUAA